CCCGUUUUAUUUUACCGGAAAACAAUAAAAGCAGAGAAGUCUCAGUAAAGUCGGCGGCACAACCAAACUUGCAGGCCACGCCGGCGCGCCUUCGCUGGUCGACAAAGGAAGAAGGUAGAAGCAAUUACUCCCGCGGUGUUGAAGGAGAUAAAGAAGCAGCUGGUGUGAUGGAUGAAUCAUUCACAGUUCAGAUCAGCAGCAACUUAGUUAAAAAACUUCUCAAUAAUGGUGAGGUGGUAAAGAAGAAAACUAGGAGGCCCACACCAAAAAUUCCCAAAGAACCACAAUCGAAACCGCUUCCUGAUGAUUCCGAGGCACUCAGAGGCCCUUCUUCAACUGCAUGGCCGAUUCAGCCUCCUUUUUACGUGCCACCACCACCUCCUUCACAUAAAACUCCAAAUCCAGAGUUAGAGGCCAUUCGAUCUGUCCUUCACGAGAGUGAGAAAGUCGUGGAGAGGUUGCAUAAGCAGGAGGAGAACAUGUUACAGGAGGUCACUGAAAGAGCAAAAGAUCUUCAUGACAAAGAGUUCAAGCUUCCGAACAGCAAGCCCAUGCCUUGCCUUGACGAGAAGGAUGCAUGUUUGAAUUGCUACAAGGAACAUAUCAAGGACCCUCUAAAAUGUGCCCAAUUGGUCAAAGAUUUCGCAGAUUGUGCUCGCACAGCUAGGCAGCAAGCCGGUCAUAGCAACUAGCUUCUCAGCACCAAAUAUUCAGCAGCCAUAAAAUAUUUUAUGGUCCAUGUUUCCUUGGACAUGCCUUGAAACAGUUGAGUACUCAUUCGUGAGUGGAGAAUGCAAGGUUUCGAUGAGUUGUGACUGGUGGAAAUUCAUACCCAGGAGCCAUGUUUUAAGUUAUGGAUGACUCCUAUGUUUCCAUGGUUGUUGUUUUCUAAUGAUUCAUAACUGUGUGGUCUUGUUAGGUAAUCUUGGAAGAGUGACUCAUCCAUUUACUGAAAUUACCAGAAAACUUCGAAUAAGUUCAUCACCAUGUUUUCCUUCA